AUGGGAUCGAGAUUCACCGAGGACACUUCUGUCCUAAGUCCUCAAGGCAAUCCCACAACUCAACAUCGAUCAAUAGACGAUGUUGCCAACGAAAAGCCUAACAGGAAAAUCAAAGCGUCUCUCUGGAGUAGAUGUCACGAUAGAUGGUUCUUUGUAGCUUUCAUGAUCAAUUUUACGCUUUACUUCGUAUUGAGCGCGUAUGCGAUUUUUGAAUUUACCCAAAAUUACGAUGAGAUAAAGAAAGAUACGACCAGUGGAGGUGAUAAGGAUAAUGAGAGUACGAUCAAGGUAGAAACGGGGGAUAUUGAUAAGGCUUUGACUGGCGAUACAACGUAUAUGCUUUUGGGUGCUACAGGAUUAGCUUUGAUCCUGAACUUUCUUCUACUCUUCUUCAUCCGGAAAUUCCCAGGGUUUGUCAUUUGGUCAGGCCCUGUUAUGGCUGUGAUCUUCUGUCUCGCUGCUGCUGGAGGUUUCAUCUAUCUACAAGCUUGGGGGUCUGCCGCCAUAGUCGGGAUUUUCGGUGUCGUCCUAGGUGCCUCACUUUGGUUUCUGAGGGGUAAAUACCUCCUUGCUAGAGACUUACUAGAUACAGCAAACAAAGGAGCCAAAGCCCAUUGGUCGGUAUUCUGGACUGUGCUUAUUGGUCUCGUUGUCGAAGGCUUGGUGUCCCUUUGGAACCUAUUCACAUUCGUGGCCGUUUAUCUUAGAUUCUCUCCUGGUCAAGCUGCGUGCGAUACGGGUGGAUCAUGCUCUGCUGGUCUUUUAGCCACGUUGUUGAUAUACAUUUUGAUCUCUCAUCUUUGGAUUUCCUCCGUGAUUGGAAACGUCAUCAUCUUGACGCUUGCCGGAGGACCAUACUCUCGAUGGUGGUUCGGUACAGACUCGAAAGACAAGAGUGAAUCGUGGUAUGCCUUGAGGAAGGCGACUUCUACCUCUCUAGGGUCAGUGGCAUUUGGUAGUUUGUUGGUUGGGUUGGUGGAAACACUGGCUUUCAUCAUCAAGACUAUCAGUCUAGAGCUGUGCGGAUCAAGUAUAUUCACCUGUUUCUGCUUCUGUGUCAUCAAUAUCAUUGAAGGGUUGUUAGAAGUUUUCAAUAAAUACGUUUAUGUCAAGAUUGGUGUCGAUGAUUUCCAAUACGGUUUCAUCCCAUCGGCAAAGGAAAUUAUCCACAUCGUAAAGAAGAAGAAAGGCGAUCAACGAGUUGGCCUAAACGCCAUGAUCACCGAUUGUAUCGUUGGUUUCUCCCUCUAUACGACAUGUAUAGCUUGCGCUAUCGUCUGCACAGCGGUGACAUACGUCUAUACCAUUAUCAUUGAUGGAACAGCAAAAGUGGAUGAUUGGUGGGAUUGGUUGAUCCUGGUGUAUACUUUUAUUUUGGCCUUGAAUAUCGGUUUGGUCCUCACAUCGGCUCUUGAGGCGGGCGUAUCGACUACUUUGAUCUGUCUAGAUAAGGAUCCAAGUAAAUUGAAAGAUAGAAACCCAAAUUUCUACGAGCACGAAGCGUAUGGUAAUUAUCGUGCGUUGUUGGAGGAGGAGAAAUGA